UCGUUCGCUCGCUCAGUUGCACGUCAAAGUACACAGCGAAUCGCGGCGGGCCACACCCCACACCCCACCCACACACCACACCACAGCACAGCACAGGGUCAGGAACAAACCCUAGCCAGCCGGACCCCCGGGUCAAACCCCAGACCGCUCCAGCCGGUCACUCCCGUCCCCUCUUCUUCCCCCCACACCCCCCCCUCGCACCUCGCCGGACCUCCGCCGCCGCCGCCGCCGCAGCCCCCCUUCCACCUCCCUUUGCCUCGCCGCGCCGUAUGCGGCCCGAUCGACCCCGCCAGCCCCUCCCCGCCCGCGAAAAGGGGGCAGCUUGAUCUCGCCGCCGCGGCCAUGGAGCGGGCGGCGGCGGGGAGCGAGCAGGGGACGCCGGACAGCGAAAUGGGCGACGGGGACGGCGACAGCGUCGGCUACGGCACGGAGAUGGAGCUCGACCCCUCCUCCUCGGCCUACCCGGCGCGCCCCAGCGUGCACGACGGGGUGGACCCGUACGAGGGCAUGGAGUUCGACGACGAGGAGGACGCGUGGACCUUCUACAACCUCUACGCGCGCCGCGUCGGAUUCAGCACCCGGAUCAGCGUCAUGCACCGCUCCCGCCGCGACGGCUCCAUCAUGUCGCGCCAGUUCGUCUGCGCCAAGGAGGGCUUCCGCACCUACCGCGGCAAGCACGACGCCGCCCUCAGCCCCGGCGCCGGGGACGACGCCGGCCGGGGCGCCGCCGGCCGCCGCACCCGCGCCGUCACCAGGGUCGGGUGCAAGGCCAUGAUCCGGGUCAAGAAGCAGGACGCCGGCAAGUGGGCCAUCACCAAGCUCGAGACCGCGCACAACCACCCCCUCGUCCCGCAGAACCAGGCGCACUGCCUGCGCCCGCACAAGCCGCUCUCCGAGUGCGGCAAGCAGCGCUCCUCCUCCUCCUCCUCCUACGGGGUCCGCCGGAACGGAGGUAUGUUCCUCACCAUCGAGCCUCCGCCCCCCACGCCGCCCGUCCCUCAGACCACCAGCAUCAUCGCCGCCCAACCAUUGGCUCCCCAUUACAUUUCUGCGGAUGGCAUCGGAAAUGCCACUCGGGUCAUCCUGGAUUAUGUCAAGCGCAUGCAAGCCGAGGACCCGGCCUUCUUCUACGCCAUGCAGUUCGUGGAGGGCCAUCCCGUGGGGAACGUCUUCUGGUCCGAUGCCAGAGCAAGGACGGCGUACAAGGACUUCGGGGACGCCGUUUUCUUGGACGAUCACUGCAAAAGAAGCAAGCAUGAGCUCCCCCUCGUCACAUUCACCGGGGUCAAUCACCAUUGCCAGCCGGUCCUGUUUGGGUGUGCGGUCAUCAGGGAUAACUCUGAGGCAUCGUUUGCCUGGCUGUUUGAAACACUUCUCCUGGCAAUGUCUGGCCAGCACCCUGUCUCUCUCACCACCGAGUAUGAUGGCGCCAUACAGUCGGCUGUCCACAAGGUUCUUCCUCAGACCAGGCACCGAUUCUGCAGCUUGCACAUCUUGAAUGAAGCCCAGUGCAAGCUAUCAGAUUUAUUAACUGCGUUCCCGUCCCUUUAUGAUGAGCUUGUCAGUUGCAUCAACAUGUCUGACACAAUUGAUGAGUUCGAAGCAAAUUGGGAGGCAUUGAUUUCCAAGGUUGGGUCUGGACACAACGAGUGGCUUGAUUCAAUGUACAAUUGCCGGCGGCAGUGGGUCCCGGUAUACUUGAGGGAUACAUUCUUUGGAGACGAGCCAUCAAGGCAGGGGUGUAUGAGCAGGAGCUCGUUUUUUGAGUCUCACAUCACUGCUAAAACUAAUUUGCAGUCGUUCAUUCAGCACUAUGAAAAAGCUCUCGACAGUUGUUAUGAGAGGGAGGUGAAGGAAGAAUUCGAAACAAAGUAUUCGCUUCCAGACAUCAAGACAUCAUCUCCUAUUGAGAAGCAAGGAGCAGACCUGUACACAAGGACACUGUUUUUGAGGUUCCAACAGGAAUUGGUUGGCGCCUCUGUUUGUACUCUGGAAGUGGCAGAGGAGGAUGGUAAGGCUUGCAUGUAUAAAGUGACAACUUCUCAAGGAAGUGAGAAGCCCCGUAUGGUUCAAUUCAAUUCUUCUGAUAGUUCUGCAAAAUGUACCUGUCAGAUGUUUGAAUAUCUUGGUAUUGUCUGUAGGCAUAUUCUUACCGUCUUUGGUGCACAAGGUAUAUCUACGCUUCCUUCUCAGUGCAUCGUAAAAAGAUGGACCAAAAAUGCCACAGAUAGAAGUUCAGACAAGAAACCUGAUGAAGUUAUUAGAGUUAAAGAGCUCAAGGAGGAGCAAAGAAGUACUGUUGAAGAUGGCGAGCAAUCUCAGACAUGGCGUUACAACAGUUUGUGUCGUGAAGCACUUAGGUAUGCUGAAGAAGGAGCAUCAUCUACAGAGGUUUAUAUUGUGGCAAUGCAGGCUCUUCAAGAGGCUGCUAACAAAGUAAAUAUGGCCAAGAGAGCGAUUGGACAGGUAGCACCUUUGGCAGUAAUGCCAAUUACAGCGCAGGCACCAGAAAGUGCUGGAAAAUUCUAUGAUGGUUUUGGUCAGCAAAAGAAGAGAAAAAGGAAUUCAAACAACUCAAGAGAGAACUCUGCACCGAAUCAAUUUAUGCAUAUGCAGCAACCUAGUAGUUACCUCUUUGUUGGUCCCAGUACAUCAGGUGGUUCACAAGGGCCUAGUCAGCUAGUUGCUGCAAUUCCUGUUUCUUCCUGUGCACAACAUGGGCAGACAUCGGGUGCAAAUAACUCAACCGAUGGCAACAUGACAACUACUUCUGUAGCUGUUGACAAGUUUCAUGGAUUCUCUGGCCGAGAUGCACCAACAACAGCACCUUCUUCAGGAAAUGUUGUGCAAGCAGGAGAAACUAAAUCUUCAGGGGUUCCUUCACAGAUUAACGAGAUUCAUGAACUGUCCCAAGCAAAUGGAAACAAGGGAGGCAGCGUAAAUAUGGUAAAUUCUACUGCUUCACCGCAGCUUGUGACCGUUCCAAUUGGAUUCUGCCUGUCCUCCAUGGACAACUCCAAGAUGUCUGCUGUGGGGAUGAGUUCUACAAACUCUGGCGGCAUGACGAGUAAUGGCAAUGCAUCAUUUGGCAUUCGCCAAUGUCAAUCUUCUGCGCAAGCGCCUGCGACACACUCGGAGGCAAAACCACCGGCAGAAAACACCGAUUCACGGGCAACUACCGCUGACAGCUCUUCUAUAAGGGCUGCAGCCAUCGCGGCGGGGGCACGCAUCGCAUCUCCAUCCGACGCAGCUUCAAUCAUAAAAGCAGCACAGUCGAAAGACGCCAUCCACAUCAGGCCCGGGGAAAGCCUUCCGAAUCAGCUGAAACCAUUAGCCCCCAGACCGCUCUCCUCACUAGCACCCAGUUCGGCGCAGCAUCUGCAGCAGCCUGGACAAAACAGCAGCUUCGGCGAUUCUACCGCGGCCAAGGAAGCGAUUUUCGGCUCCACGGAUGGCAGCGACGGUGAAGAGUACUACGACGACGACGACGAAGACACUGACGACGGCGGCGAUGACGACAACGAGGGGCUAACCGGCGAUGAAGGGGAGCAAGAAUGAUCGAACGAUCUUUCGGCUGCUGCGCCUUCUGUCCGGUCACUAACCCUCUCCCAGGGCUUCCCCCACAGCCCUGCUGAUAUCCUGACAGCAUUUUUCACCGACGGAAAUGGAAAUGGAGUCUCAUAGAGCAAUAGCUGUAUACAUACAUGUUUAUAGCCUGUAUCUAAUGUUCCCAGCGGCCAUCGCCGUGCCCCCCAUGAGCCUAGGAGCCUUCCUUUUUUUUUCCCCUUUGUUAAUCUAGAGAUCCCUUCUUUUUUGGUUUAACCUAAUCAGACAUGAAAGCUUGCUCAAGCUUGUUUUGGCUCUUGCUAGGCUUUGGUCGAGCUGCCAGCUCCAACAUGUGUGGCAGCUAUGAUGAUGUAUGUAUACAGCAUGGCUGCAUGAGUAGUGGUAGUGCAGUUUGCUGGUGAA